AUGUUAAAUCAUCCAAACAUUCCAAUUACAAUCAACAACGUUGCUGAACUUGUCGCCGAACCGAUCCACAAAGGUGCCUCAUCCAUGAAUAUCAUCAGUGGAUUCAAAGUAUUAGGUAUUUGGCCAAUCAACAGGGAUAUCUUCACGGAAGAAGAUUUUCUGACAUCUUCGGUAACUGAUCGUCCAUACUUAGACGAAGCCAACGCUGCAACACCUGAAACAGAAACGUAUGAACCAAAAACACCCGGCACAUCAACAUCCAAUCGAACGAUCCAUGGUACAUCGUCAUCUGAUCCAGCAACAACUACAACAUCAAUGUCCGAUUCAGCAAUUCCUGGUCCAUCAGUUUCCGAUCCAUCGGAUGCCUUAAACGAGAACAUUCAGCUUGAUGUUCGCAAAGCGAAUCUUAACCAAACGCUCGCAAGAGUCAGCGGCCCAAAAGAAGACUUUGGUGGUGCUGACGAAGCUGGAGGAGGAGGAGCAGGAGGAGGAAGGGGUGACGGAGGAGGAGGGUCAGGAGGAGGAGGUGCAGGAUCAGGACCAGGACCAGGAUCAGAAGCAUCAGGAGGAGGGGCGCGAGGAGAAAACGAUAAUGCAAGUUCUGAUGAUAAAUCGGAGGACGACCAUAGCAAUUUAGUAGCAGGAGCAAUAGGUGCACUAACAGGAGCAGCAGCAGUGGGAGGAAUAAUGCAUCAAAAAAAUAAAAAACUAAAGAAACAAUUACAUGAGCAAGAUGGAUAUACCGGUGGACCUGGCGGAUAUGACGGUGGACGUAGUGGACAUGGCGGAUAUGGUAGGGAACAUGAUGGAUAUGGUGGUGAAGAUGGUGGACAUGGUGGCAGACAUAGUCAUGAACAUGGUGGCGGACGUGAUGGUGGUGGAGGCUACGAUGCAGCCCACGAUGGAGAGCACGGACAUGGUACUAAACAUGUGUUUGUGCACCAUACAGUGACCCAUAUACAUCACAAAGAGGAUAAACAUAAAGAUGAUGAUGACGAUGAUGAUAAACAUAAACAUGACAAGAAGGAAGAACAAAAUAAAGAUAAACAUAAGGACAAGGAUAAAUAA